AAUACUUUCUACAUAUAUAAAUUUCUCAGCUUCUUCAUUUUUUGUUUCUACUCACUAAGAUGAAGUUUUUGGGUGGAAUCUUAGUCUUCUCCAUCAUUCUUCUCUCCCUUUCUCAGGCUGAGAGCCACUUUGUUAAGCCAUGGCACCUCUGCAAGGCCAAGGAAGUGACCGAUCCAUCCACUCCAUGCACGCCAUUGGAAUGCAGCGGGUUGUGUGGAAGCUUGUAUACUGGAGGGCUUGGGAUAUGCAUUGCCGAAGCUUGCGAGUGUCUCCAUUCCUGUUUUAAAGAGGGACCUCCAAGCAGAGAUACCAAGCCGGCGGAUGAUAAAACUCCCAAAACGGUCUGGUCGUCUCCUUCUUCUAAGGAUCUCAAGCCUGAUCAAAUCUCGAAAAUGGCAUUGUCUUCUUCUAAGGAGCAUCUCAAUCCUGAGCGACUUUCGGAAGCAGCCUUAUCUUCUUCUAAGGAUCAUCUCAAGCCUGAGAGAAUUUCCAAAGUGGCACUGUCCUCUUCUAAGGAUCUCAAGCGUGAUCGAAUUUCCAAAGUGGCCUUGUCUUCUUCUACGGAUCUCAAGCAUCAAAUUUCCCAAGUGGCCUCGUCUUCUUCGAAGGAUCAACUCAAACCUGAUCGGAUUUCCAAAGUGGCCUUGACUUCUCCCAUACCUAUCGAUAAGCCUGAUCGAAUUUCCAAAAUAGUACCGCCCGUCCAGUCUUAAUCUGGCCUUGCUAAGAUCCCCUCAUGAACCAGUCAAUAAGUCUUCCAUGCUAGAAUAAGGAAAUUGUUUUUCUUUUCUUCUUCAUCUUUUUUUUUGUUAUGGUAUUUUCAUUGUACAAGUAGUCAGAUAUUUAGGGCAACAUGUUUGACCCUUUUGGUUAAGUAAUAAGGUAAUGGACUUGAGCCACUCCAAUGGUAUUUUUUAG